AUGGGCGACUAUCGCUACGACUACGAUGGCCAGACAGAGGAGGUGACCACGAUCUUCUGCGCCAACUUCCCGGCAGAUGCCACGCACAGGGAGCUCGACAACCUGUGCCGCUUCCUGCCUGGCUUCCUCCGGUGCAAGGCCACCUUCGGGAGAGGUGUCACGCUCUUUGCGCUCUUCGAUUCGGUACCUGCUGCACAGGCUGCCAUCGAUGUCUUGAACGACCAGGCCUUCGAUCGUAGCCGACCUCAGCAAGACACCCUCCGGGUAGUCAUGGCGAAGAGCAACAUGCGCGGCUCCGAGCCCGACCGAGGGGGCUGGCAAAGCCAAGGCAAGCUCCAAGAAGCGUCUUGGACACCGAAGGCGCCGCCGCAGCGACCCAGCUAUUCCGCGCCCAGAGGUGCAGUUGGUGGACACGCAGAUACCAGGUACCAGGCCACUCCCGCACGAGGAGGCUAUUGGAAAGAGGCGUCCUACGACACGGCGCCCAUGAAGCGAGCUGCACCGAAAGGAGGCAACGUCAUUGGAGCAGGCCACGACCAGUGGUCGGCGCCACCUCCCGCCAAACGACGACAGGCGUCCACCGAGGGCGUUGACACGGUAGCAUCGGUGGGCGCAGCAGAUGCGGGCUUCGACGAGGAGUCGCUGUAUAAUUUCUAUGCCGCUCAACAAGGCUUUGUGGCUUUUAAGGCCAACUCAAAACUCCGCGGCGGUUUCGCCAAGUUCCAGUCGCCGGAGCUCGCGCAGCAGGCCGUUGAGGUAGCUACUGCCGAGGGCAUCCCGGCGGCCAUGGCCAGGACAAGCAUGCAGUCAUCGUAG